CCAUCACCAACCCACACACAACAGCGGCAGCAGCAGCUCACAAUCACAAUCACUCAACAUGAACACACUAUAAACACGCUGAAACUCCGCUGAAACUCUCCGAGAUCGAUCCCGAAUUCCCGAUCGAUGAUGACGUCACCGCGGCAGAAGAUCGCCUGAGCUGGUUUAUUUCAUAAAGGUGUCAUGAGGAGACUUUAACAGGUGACUGACAUAUAAAUCUGAAGAUGAUGUUUUGUGUCGCCCCAUCGGAGCAGUGACGGACAUGAACGGGAAAGGCUGUAAUCUGAUGGUUUCUCCCUGCAGUAUGGCUCAGGUACCUCAGCUGAGGAUCCACACGGGUCACUCCUCUUCCCCAUCUCUCCAUCCCGACUCCACCUCUGGGAGCUCGGCCCUCAGUCUCCGCCGCCAGGUGCUGAUCAAUGGGAAGUUGGGCUUUCCACAGUCGUCACGUCAUCAAGCUUCGUCGCUUUCACUCCCAGCAUCCUCUUCCAAACAAUCGGUUCGACCCAGCGGCACGGACAAUGGUUACUUGUCUUUGGGGAUGAACAGAAACGUUUUUGGGCCGUACGGCAGUUCAAACCUGCAGGUGACGAGUAACGCCAUGCUGGUCCACAGUCUGGGUCCGGUUCCUCCAUCCGUCACUCAAACUUCAGCCCAAAACAACCCGCCUCAUUCACUCGCCGUUCCCUUCGCUGAUGCCAGGUGUUUGCUGUCCAGAGAGUCUUUAGCCUCGACGACGCUCAGCCUCGCCGAGACCCAGUCGAUGCGCAGCGGGAAGCUGGACUGGCCGUACGGGUACCGGGUUCUGCCUCCUCUGGGUCUCACACACACAUCAGAACCGGCGGACCUCAUGCCAGAGUCGCUCUCCAACCCCACGUCUCUCCCUCAUUACCUGUUCAAGGAGGACCACAGCCUCUCGUCCCGGUCCAAGAAGAGAGCGCUGUCUUUAUCUCCUCUCUCGGACGGGCUCGGACUCGACCUCAACUCCAUCAUCAGAACCUCCCCGACGUCUCUAGUGGCGUAUAUAAUCGGGUCUCGAAACUCUCCGGCAUCGUGUCCGACCCCUGGAGAAAAAAAAACAUGGACUCCUUCGCCAUUGCAGUCUGACGUUUGCGGACACUUUUUGGGAGUCAGAGGAAGUUGCAUCCCUCAUCCGAACCAUGGAAAACACACAAACAAGAGUGUGUGUGUCCAAACGGACUCGGAGAGUUUCCGAAUGCAGCAUUUAGAGGGAAUAGAAGAUCAAUUCACUAAUCUAGUGGUGGAGCAGCAGCUUCUCCCCGCACACGAGAUCCAGAACAAACACUCGCCUUCAAUACAGCUGAAGUUUUCGGCUUUAAUCCGAACGCCCAGUCCUCCUCGAGGGCCUCCACCUCCAUAUAACGCUCACUUUCGAGGAUCCCACACUCAGAACUCGAUGGUUCUCCCCUCCAUGCUUGAGGAGGACGAGGACGAGGACUCGAGCGGAGGUCACUGCUGUCGCUGGCUGGACUGUGGCGCUGUGUUCGGGCCCCGGGACGAGCUGGUCAAGCACAUCGAGAAGGUCCACGUGGACCAGCGUAAGGGCGAGGACUUCACCUGCUUCUGGGCCGCGUGUCCGCGCAAACACAAGCCUUUUAACGCGCGCUACAAGCUGCUCAUACACAUGCGGGUCCACUCCGGGGAGAAGCCCAACAAGUGCUCCUUCGAGGGCUGUCAGAAGGCCUUCUCCCGCCUGGAGAACCUGAAGAUCCACCUGAGGAGCCACACGGGCGAGAAGCCCUACGUGUGUCCGCAGCCCGGCUGUCUGAAGGCCUUCAGCAACUCCAGCGACCGCGCCAAACACCAGCGCACACACGCCGACACGAAGCCCUACGCGUGUCAGAUCCAGGGUUGCGGUAAACGCUACACGGACCCCAGCUCUCUGCGCAAACACAUCAAAUCUCACUCCUUGAAGGAGCAACAAGCCAGGAAAAAGCUGAGACGCAGUCAGGACGGGCUCGCCGAGUGUUUGACCGUUCAGCCGCUGCACCACAGCCGCUCGCCACUGGACCUGAUUGAGACCAAGCACCAGUCAGCCACUGAUGAUCUCUACACCGUGUUCACCGUAAACCAGCCCGGCCCAACACACACCCGUCCACUGCCUCCUUUACCCGGGAACAACAGGUGUAGGGUUCCUGUGUCACAGCAAGUGUCGUCUUCAUCACCUCAUCACAGUCUGACCCAAAACACUCACAACCUGCCCAGAUACUCCAACCAUCCCAGAACCCCCCAGCCUGCGCUUCAGGACGGUUUCUCUGGUGACGCCCGGACCGUGUUCUCAUACACUGACUCACCGCUGGAAGACAAGCAGAUCUCUUCCUUUUCCAUGAUGCAGAUGCCCAUGUUUGAGGAACAUCUGGGCUCAUUAGACACGUCUCAGCCCGAGCUCGACCUCGUCCACAGAACCAUCACUGUGUUCGACUGCCAAACCGGAGCGGAGGAGUUUCUGGGAGAACCGGAGGACAAUUAUCUCCACAUCCCGAGAUGCCCGAGCCGGAUCUCAUGCGUCUUUACUGAAGGAUGAAGGUUUCCUCUCAUCAACCCGAACAUCUUACUCGCGCCGUUGAAAGAACGUUCCUCGUGGACACUUAAUCAUGGCAGAAACUGGACAUUUAAGACAAACUCAAACUGUAAAAAUGUCAAAGCAAGUGUUUUUAUCUGUGCGUAAAUCACCACUUUUCUUCA